CGAAAAAAGCAGAAAAGCUGCGUUUGUUGAAAACCUUGUGGACACGGCUGCACUUAUCAUUGAAGUGAUUUGGUCUCAUUUUCACAUCAAUCCUGUUGCAAAAAUCAUCCCGCUUCGAGUUUUUCUUCAAGAAACGCUUCGACGAUCCAGGACCUCCUAUUCGACUCUUCAAACAGCACUGUUUUAUCUUUACCGCAUCAAAACACAAAUCACGUCGCGUGCUUUUCAACUUCCAUCUAAUCAAACGCCUAACCCCAAAUCUCCUGCCCUCAAAAGAGAUAACAAUGACCCGGCUACAUGCGGUCGUCGCAUGUUUCUAGCAGCGUUGAUUGUCGCGUCAAAAUAUCUUCAAGAUCGAAACUAUUCUAAUAAAGCUUGGUCAAAAAUUUCUGGGCUCCCCGUAAAAGAGAUUAAUCAAAAUGAAAUUGUCUUUUUGAAAUUGAUCGACUAUAACCUGUUCAUUAGUGAAGAUAUUUUUAAACGAUGGAGCAGUCUCUUAUUGACGCAUAUUCAGGCUAUUUCCGGAUCAUCGAUGGAAAACGCGAACGCGUUCAGACAAAUUGAAAAUCAGCGAGAAGUUGAACGAUUCCGAGAAAAAUUGCGAACUAUGAACCCAAUGACUAUGGAAUGUCAACAAAAUCAUGGUGGCAAGUUUGCUGGUGUUUUCUUGAUUACGCCAGACCAAAGUACGCCUACUACACCUCGAGAAUCAUCAGAUCUUACUAGCAAUGAUACGAGAAAUGUGCAGAAAUUGUGCGGUAUCUUAAAUCCGCAGGAAAUGGAUACAAAGGUGCAAAUUGAAGGAAAUAGGUCAAUAAAUGAUAAUGGUUGUUCUUCUCCCACUCCAAUGAUGAUUUACGCAAAACCAAAUUCUCAAUAA